AUAAGGGGUACUGGAGGGCAGAGCCGCGGCCUGGCUUCUGCCGGGAAGGGAGAUGUUGAGGGGUCCGCUGAGGGGGCCAUUCCGCGGCCUCGUGAUGGAGGCGGGCCGCGGUCUUUCUGAGCCUUGGGCCCUCGGCUGGAGGAAGGAGGCGACCGAGGGAAGCCCGCUGGGAACGGCUGCGAAGGGAGGCGCUGUUUAAUGUAGAGAACAGCUUAAUUGAGAUGUACCAGCUUUCGAGGCCUGGUUCACAAAGGUGCAUAACGACAGAGUACUCAGCAGAGAAGAGCAGGAGAACGGCGGAGCGUUCAGGGUGGUGGUGAAGAUAAAGGAAUUUGAGUGCCUUCGAGCAGAAACUAAGCCUUUAAACUUUUUUUAAUGGAAUUAUGUCAGAACAAAAUGAGCCAGCUAAAAGGAAUAGAAGAUUACAGGGCCGCGCAUACAUCUUCCUCCUUUAAAAUCACCUUCCCUCUCCAGGUUAAGGCUACCUUUCCAGAUAGUCCAACAGCUAAACCACCAAGUUUCCAAUGGCAUUUGAACCACCUAUGGAAAACAUCGGAUCCAUGUGCACCUGAUGUUCUCGACAACUCAUCCCACCAUCGCUCUACACAUAAUUUGCUGCACCAGUAGACUCUGAAGGCAACCACUGAGUUUCUUUUCUCUACCAAGUAGAUGUAAUAACCUAGCAACAAAACAGAGGACACAAGUGUCUCUUCACAGUGUCACGACCAGUUGAGACCAUGCUAAGAAAAUCAGCUUGCCUAGAUGAGGACCCUUUGUCUUCUCGGGUAGCCAGGAUUUAAAGGAGAGACUCUGACCUGUGCCACUGGUAAGUGACUAACACUUUUACAAACUGAACUGGUCCUGAGAACUGAGAUGUCUUCUUUGUAAGUGAAGAACAUACAACAGGAUCUGAAGAACUGCACAGUGGUGCAAGCCCAAGGCAUACUCUGUGUAACGGACUCAGAAACAGGCAAGUUAAUCUUGUUGAGAGGAUUUUUCAUCUUUUGUUUCUGUUUGCCUGUGUUAGUCAGUGUUUUGCUGGCUUAAAUUGUACCUUUUUCUGGUUCCUUCUCCUGUUGUAUCCUAAUGGGUCCCAGGAAUCCCUCUCCUGACCCCUUAUCAGAAUCAGAAAGUGAGGAAGAAGAAAAUGCUAACUACCUAAAUGAGAGUUCUGGGGAAGAGUGGGAUUCCUCUGAAGAGGAGGACCCUGUGGUGCCCAACCUAACACCUCUUGAGAGUCUUGCCUGGCAGGUUAAGUGCCUUUUAAAAUAUUCAACAACUUGGAAACCUUUAAAUCCUAAUUCCUGGUUAUAUCAUGCUAAACUCUUAGAUCCAAGCACACCGGUCCAUAUACUUCGUGAGAUAGGCCUAAGACUCUCCCAUUGCUCCCACUGUGUACCCAAACUGGAACCAAUUCCUGAAUGGCCACCUCUGGCUUCUUGUGGGGUCCCACCUUUUCAAAAGCCCCUGACAAGUCCCAGCCGGCUUUCUAGAGAUCAUGCCACUCUGAAUGGAGCACUGCAGUUUGCCACCAAACAGUUAAGCCGAACCUUGAGUAGAGCCACUCCCAUAACUGAAUACCUAAAACAGAUCCCUAAUUCAUGUGUUUCUGGUUGCUGCUGUGGCUGGUUAACUAAAACAGUUAAGGAAACAACCCGCACUGAACCCAUCAACACCACUUACUCUUACACUGACUUCCAAAAGGCAGUUAACAAACUCUUAACUGCAUCACUAUAAAGAUCCACCAUUUGUUCUGAUAUCUCUCGUGUUGCUAACUGAGAAAGCAGUACAAAGCUGAGAAAGGAAUCAACCCAGGGUUGAGAAAGGAAUGCCUCCUCAACCAAACUGCCCAGUCCUGACAAGCCGAGUAUACCAAGUACUGGAUGUGUAUCCAAGAGGCCCAUAACUCAGCUGCAGAGAAUGUGCAUCAUGAGCUUUCCCUUUGAUAGACCCUGUGGAUAAAAUGAGAACUAGUCUACAUGUGGCAUUUUUGAGGGGAGAAAGUGCAGUUUCAAACUUAGCCUACACUACUCCAGACCUGUUACAGUACCUGCAAUUUCAGCAUAAACAUUUUACAAGUUCCCAUCAGGCGCUCUCUAGCUAAAUGGACCUAUAAGAUUGUACCUGGGGAUUAAACAGACCCCUUCUCUAUAGGAGUAUAUUUCCUGCACCUUAGCACCCAGACUUUAAUCAAGAAGAAAUAAAACACAUUCCAAAAGACCAAAGGGAAAGGAUUAUUAAGAGAGCAUUUAUGUUUUCAAUACUAACUGCUAAUGGAUUGAAGUGUUUCAGUCUGUAUGUUACUUCAUGCACUUUCCCCAUCUAUUGCAAACUUUCCAAGAUUGCUUCUAACUUUAAAGAACCUUACUACAGAAAACCUCAGCCUAAUCCACUGAUUUGGAGUUUUUUAGUAUCACUGAUUUUUCUACAUAGAUUAGCUUUAGAUAUACCUGAACCAGUGUAUGUACUCUUGUAAAUGAGUCUUGCAGUGUUUAUUUAGUUGAGUCAAAAUGUAGAAGUCAACAUAAAAUGCAUGAGACCGUUAGAUCUUUUCACACACCUACAUUAAAGAAUAAAACCUGUGUAUGAUCCUGGUUAACUGGGCAUCUAAAGGAUUCAGAAAAUAGAUUGUUAAAGAUAUAUUAUAUACCCCCUUAGCUUUGCUUUUUCCUCUUCUCCGUAACUAAGUCUGUGUACAAUGUGGCAUCAAAAAUUGGAGCAUUAAUGGAAUCACAAAUUUUAAAAUGUGUAGCAACUUUAAGAAGAGAGAAUGUUUAUACCCUAAUGAGUGUUUCUGCUGAGCCUUAGUUGUCUUAAGGGAAGAACAAGGAGGGGAUUGUAGUAGGUAGAAAAAGUAUUUGUUAGUGGAAAAUUACUGAACUGAAAGGUAUUAUACUGUUAGUGUAACUGAAUGUAUCAGAAACUGUUCCUAUGUAGCUGUUUUCUGUGAAACUUUUUAAAAAUGUUACGCCUUUUUCUUUUAAGGGGGGAAUGGGAAAGAUAGGUCCAAAAAAUUAAAAUAUGUUGUUUAUGUAACCAUAGUAUGUUCCUUUUUCUGUGUAUAUGUGUGCAUGAGUGGGUGUGUGUAUGCAUUUAUGUGUAUUAAAAUGCCUUCCUCAUAAAUGCAUUUUUCCUCUUCACUCCUAAAGGAAGUCUUUCCCCAGCUUUGCGGCUGAAUAAACCAACAGACUUGUACAUGCUAAACAGAGUAUGGUCAUUUAUUCUCGGCAAAUGAAAUAGAUCUUGCCUUGCUUAAGGCAUUCAACAUCCCCAAAGUGCUGAAUAAAGUCAAUAGAUAUAGUACCUGUAUCUUCUGUAUCUAUACAGUGUCUCUGAUAAGUGGUGACUUGGCAACUCUAGAAAAGAAACAUACUUGAGGAAGAUAAUGAGAGAUGUUGUCAAGACCCAGAUU